CCAUUGCGAUGUCAAAGGACAGUGCUGAGGAUGAAAGUGAAAAGAUGAUUGGUUCAUCUGCUGUAGAGUGAAGAAAGAGAUUUACGUAAAGAGCACAAAGUGUUGAUGUUUUUAGGGGUUUGGAAGCUUUUUUUCACUGAAUCAUCAGAAUCAACUCCAGAAUGAUGAAUUUCAGUGUUUUCAUGGUGCUGCUCCUCCUGGGGACAUGCUCAGCUGGAAAAUAUCAAAAUGUGGCCUUGCGCGGAGUGGCGACCCAAUCGGCACGUUACGGAAAUGAUUUUGGGGCGGCCUACAAUGCAAUCGAUGGAAACCGUGAAUCUGAUAACCGUGCUGGAUCGUGCUCACACACGACUGAAAUGAGAAACCCCUGGUGGAGAGUGGACCUGCUGGAGUCCUACAUCAUCACCUCCAUCACCAUCGUCAACAGAGACGACUGCUGUAAAGAACGGAUCAAUGGACUGGAAGUCCACAUAGGCAACUCUGUGGAAAGGGAUGGUUUUGAAAACCCAGUGGUUGCAAGGAUUGCUGACAUCGGUAGAGCUAAAAUGUUCAGUCAGACUUUCACUGAUUGGGCGGAGGGACGUUACGUGACUUUGGUUAUACCUGGUUCAAGAAGGAUCAUUACAGUCUGUGAAGUGGAAAUCUAUGGGUACCGUUCCCCAACCGGAGAGAACCUGGCCCUCCAGGGAAAAGCCACACAGUCGUCAUUGUUUCAAUUUGGCUUUGCGAAUAACGCCAUCGACUCAAGUCAGAACAGCGAGUGGGGGGACGACUCCUGCAGUCACACGAGCAACGACGUCGGCCCCUGGUGGCGACUGGAUCUGCGCAAAUCUUAUAAAGUGUUUUCCGUGAAGAUAACCAACAUGAAAUCAAACCCAGAACGCCUCAAUGGAGCCGAGAUCCGAAUUGGAGAUUCCAUUGACAACAAUGGCAACAACAACACCAUGUGUGAUGUGAUCCAAAGUAUUGAAGCAGGAGCUACCGCUGAAUUCCAGUGUCCUGGCCUGGACGGGCGCUACGUUAACAUCGUCAUCCCAGGAAGAGAAGAGUUCCUGAGUCUGUGUGAGGUGGAGGUGUACGGCUCGAGGCUGGAUUAGGUCUGAAGACCUUUGAAAUGCUGAACAGUAACAGUUUGCUGUUAAAUGUACUCAUACUUUCUGGAAUCGCAGCUUGAGAUUCAAUAUUGUCAGAAGAAACAUGUCUGCAGCAAGUGAAUGUAUCUCUUCAUCUGACAGUGAUUGUAUUGUGGGCUGACAUGUUUUUUUACAUUUUUUAUAAAACCUUUUUAAUGCUGUUGUUUACUUGUAUUUUGAAACAUUAAACCACUGAGGUUUCACUAUAAGGAUAAAACUCUGAAUGUCAUCACUACUGAAAUACAAUUAAAUCAUUAAAAAUCA